AUGAGCUCUUACGACGAAAAGCGUGCUGUGGCGGAUGUGGACUCAGACCGUCUCUCAAACGAGAACGAUGUGGCGCGGAUCGAGGAUGACAUCGUAAAUAACAUCAACAAUGGCGAAAUAUCCGACAUCGUCGUAGUAGCUGAGGGUGAGGAGCGCACGACCUGGUUUGUCUGGAUGCUCGUGCUCUGUAGUAGCAUCUCCGGCUUGCUUUUCGGCUACGAUACCGGUGUUAUUUCCGGUGCACUAGUGUCUAUUGGAUCUGACCUAGGCCCCGAGGAACUGUCCUCUGUGCAGAAGGAAUUAAUUACCUCGGCAACAACGCUCGGCGCGUUGCUCGGAGGCCUCGUGGCAGGAAUGCUCUCGGACGUCAUUGGACGGCGGCCCGUCAUGGGUAUCGCAGAUGUUCUCUUCAUCGGUGGCGCCGUAGGUCAAGCCGUCUCUCAUACAGUCUGGGCAAUGAUUGGCACGCGUUUUCUGGUCGGGUGGGGCGUCGGCAUUGCCGCGUGCAUUGCGCCGCUCUACAUCCAAGAGCUAUCCCCCACUCGCCUGCGCGGCCGCAUGGUCGUAAUUAACGUCGUUGCGAUCACCCUCGGUCAGGUCAUUGCGUAUGGCAUUGACGCAGGGUUCGAGAAUAUGAACGGUGGAUGGCGGUGGAUGGUUGGCCUGGGCACUGUCCCCGCCUCGUUGCAGUUCAUCUUCUUGUUUUUCCUUCCCGAAUCACCGCGUAUCUUGCUCCAACGCGGCGAACUUGAUGCCGCACGGGUCAUUUUGGGUAAAAUUUACGCCUAUGCCACUCCGGAGCAGGUUGAUCUCAAGGCCAAAGUCUUGAAUGCCGCCGUCAAGCAGAGCAUCGAGAUAACUCGCUCGACGACCUUCCUACAGCGAUGCCAUUCAAUCUUUUUCGUUCCUAUCAACCGGAGAGCCCUCAUCAUUGCAUGUGGCAUGCAGGCGUUCCAGCAGCUAUCCGGCUUCAACACGUUGAUGUAUUACUCCGCAACUCUGUUCAAGCAGAUUGGCUUCGAUCAACCGACGGCAGUCGGCCUGAUUGUAUCCGGGACCAACUUCAUCUUCACACUGUUUGCGCUGAAAUACAUUGAUAUCAUCGGCCGCCGAAGAAUCAUGCUGAUCUCUGCGCCGGGCAUGGUGUUCGGGCUGACCCUCGCAAGCAUCGCUUUCCAUUAUCUUACCAAGAAGACGGGUGGUAUCCUCGUCGACGGGACUAAAUACGACCACUCAUGGUCUGGUGUCGUACUGUUCGCCAUGAUUACCUAUGUUGCAUUUUAUGCGAUGGGUUUGGGAAAUAUUCCCUGGCAGCAGGGCGAAUUCUUCUCACUAGAAGUCCGUGGAAUUGGAUCGUCACUUGCCACGACGAUUAAUUGGGCUGCCAACUUACUCAUCGGAGCCACAUACCUCUCGCUCAUGGACAAAAUCACGCCUGCAGGCGCGUUUGGGUUCUAUGCCGGUCUUUGUUUCCUCGGGUUCAUCUUCGUUGUGUUCUGCUUCCCCGAAACGGCAGGACUCAGUCUUGAGGAGGUGCGUAUGGUAUUCCGGAAUGGUUUCGGUAUCGGAGAAAGCCAGCGGCUGCGCACGCAGAAGCUUAGCGCGAAGAAAAGAGGAGAGGUCAGGAUCGAGAAUAGCGGCGAGAAGGCAUGA